AUGCAGCUUCACACUGCCGGGCUGCUGUUGAUCGCAGCAUUGGCUCAGUCGACGUCCGGUGCUGUGUUAUGGGAGAUCCUAAACCGGCGAGCUCCAGAGCACCUUCCGCCAAAUGCCACCACCAUUGCGACUCCUGCAGAAGGCGCAACCCAUUCGCUUACAGCGUCGAUGCACAGACAAGACGGGAGCUCAAUUUCAUCCACUUCAUCCUCCUUAACCUUAACCUCUAUCUCCAUCAACGAGACAUCCUCCUCCCCACCCGUGUCCAAUCAACCCGAGCAGUCGUCUUCGUCGAUUGCGACCUCCGAUCCGAUUUCAACGGCGGCCGCCGUCAAUCAUGACACCAGCCUCGCAUUUUCGCGCUCUCAAGCCGAUCCUCCAUCCUCCAGCUCCUUAUCAACAUCUCUCGAUUCCCUCACGGCGUCGCUUGCCAUACCAGAUUCCCAAUUCGCGACCACCUCCACGACGAUCAAUUCCACAUUGACAGAAGAAGAAAACGGCCGCACGAUAUCCGCAAAUCAAGAACGCCCCCCAUCAACCACAGUCCUAGGCACUACCCCACGAGCCAACACCACCAGAGAGGUCGAUUCGACAAUAAUUCCUUCCCACAAUGGUUCAAUAUCAUCGACAACCCCCUCGUGGAAUGGCACUCAAUCUUAUUAUUCAACGACUAGGCCAACAACCUCUGGACCGCAAUCCGACACGUGCACAGAUCUCCAAGGGGAUGAGCCUGUCACGGUGUAUUCCAUCGUGUUCACAGCUACCGUAACCAUCUAUGGGAACCGCAGUGAUUACACGCCGCCUUACCCAACUAUCGAGACCCCAAACUAUUGUGGCACCGCUUCUUCAGCCCCUCCCCUAGCCACUCGCACGAACGAACCGUUUAUCUCGAGCAUGGGCGGAUUUAUCACAGCCACAAAGGAACCUCCUCUACCUCUGCCGACUUGUUCCGGCCCGUCUCAGUCAGAUUGCUUUGCCGCUGCUAAACCUGGUGAUUCGGAGUCGAGCGACGUUGAAAAGGGCAAGCAUGGAGGCCAAACCCAGUCAUCGCGAAGAGUGACAGUCACGUUUAUCACAACUGACAAAAACCCUUCUGCUGUUUUUCCCUCGGAUCCAGUCCCUAGGUUUGGCCAGUCUGGGAACGUCCCGGGCAUUACAGCUCAGCAACACAAAAGCGCGCCAGCAACCGGUGACGGCCAGGACGAUCCUCAAGACGAUCAUAAGGAGGCGUCGCAAGACAACGCUCACGGCGGCCCUCAGAGUCUGGAGCAGGAACCACAGACGACCUUUGUCAUCACGGCAAAGGCUGGAGAUGUUAUCAUCAAUGGUGAGACGUUUUCUAGCCUACAACCGGACCAGACAACAACAGUAACUGUUAGCCGUGGAAUUUUCACCAUCUACCCUACCGCUGUAGUUGGUGAGGGAGCAACGGUGGAGAAGCCACAACCGGUCGGAACAGCCGUCACCGCCUUAACACCAACGACUGGUAGCGCCGGGGGGCUUUCUGUAACUGUGUCAGGGUCAGAUGUGGUCGUCGACGGUACCAGAAUGGAAAUCCCCCCCUUGGGCACGACAACUACAGUGAGCGGCGAGGCGGUGUCGAUUGGCCCCGGAAAAGUUGUGGUCGAUGGUGAUACGAUCACAUUCCGCGCUGUUGGUGGCUACCAAACUGAUGUUGUCGUCACGGGGGGUGAAAUGUUUACUGCCGUUGGACAAUCUAUCUUCGUCUUCCACUCCACCACCUUGACAUACGGCCCAGGGAUACCGGAGGCAUCCGAGGUUGUGGAUGACGAUACAAUUACGAUUGGCCCCUCUGGCGUAAUUGUAGACGGCACAACAAUAGGGGGCACUUCAGCAGAUGCGACUGAUACUACGUAUGAGAUUGUUGGAGGGGCUACAAUUACCAAGGUCAGUCCUUCGUUUGCAAUUAUCGACGGCACAACCUUUACGAUUGGGCCAAAAGCAAGCAAGGUGACCAAAGUCAUUGGAGGAGAAACUAUCACGAUCGGACCAAGUGGUGUGGUCAUCUCGACGAUGACGCUAAACUACCCGUUCGGUUCGUCGGUUGUAACGACCAUUGAGGCAUCCGCGACGGGAUCAGAUACGGUACCCGUUGAGACGGAGAGGUCGAAAAUGGGGAAUGACGGUGAUGAAGGUAAUGCAGGUUAUUUGCUUCAGCCAAGCCUAGCAGCAGGGAUGACUGGGUUAUGCAUAGCGAUUGGCGUUUGGCUUUGGCUUUAA